AUGAGAUCAAAGACAAGAAUUGUUGCAAAGCAAAUAAGAGAUAUGAUAAGAGAAGUCAGUCUCUCAAAUGUAGUGCAGAUUGUGACUGAUAAUGCGCCGGUUUAUAAAGUGGCUGGUUUCUUGAUUGAAGCUGAAUUUUCAUCUAUUUAUUGGACUCCUUCUGUUAUUCAUACUCUCAACCUUAUUUUAAAGGACAUUUGUGCAGCUAAGAAUACAGAGAAGAAUAAUUUUGUUUAUCAAGAAUGCUCAUGGAUUACUCAAAUUGCUGAAGAUUUGCUUAAUGUUGCUCCUACUCAAUUUGUUUCUAAUAUUGUGAUGCUAAAAAGAUUUAGGUGGUUAAAGCAAGGCCUCGAAGAGAUGGUUAUAAGUGAGAAAUGGUCUUCAUACAAGGAAGAUAAUAUUGGCAAAGCUGAGUUUGUUACACAAAAGAUUUUGAGUAAAAAUUGGUGGCAAAAAAAUGAUUAUAUUCUUGCUUUCACAAAUCCUAUUUAUGAUGUUUUAAGAAGUACAGGCACGGAUGCACCUAUUCUUUAUUUGGUCCACAAGAUGUGGGAUUUAAUUAUCAAGAAAGUAAAAAGUGCUAUAUAUCUCUAUGAAAGAAAAGAUGAACAAGAGUCAUCGUCCUUCUACAAUGUUGUGCGCUCAAUAUUAGUUCAAAGAUGGACAAAAAGUAGCACACCUCUUCAUUGUUUAGCACAUUCAUUGAAUCCAAGCCACCAAUGGUUGAGAGAAGAUCCUACACGAGUUUCUCCUCAUCAAGAUAUUGAGAUCACUAAUGAGAGAGUUAAAUGCUUGAAGAGGUAUUUUUCUGAUGAAGAAGAGAGGAGAAAGGUAAACAUUGAAUUUGCAAGCUUUUCUGAUGGUAGAGGUGUCUUUGAUGAUUAUGACUCUUUGAAUGAUAGAAGCAUAGUUGAUGCAAAGUCUUGGUGGCUAAUUCAUGGUGGUAAAGCAAAAUUUCUUUAA